GACGCCUGUGAGCGAGCGUGUGCCCCGCGUGCGGCCCCCCCACGGCUUUGCGCUCUUCCUGGCAAAGGAGGAAGCCCGAAAGGUCAAGAAGCUGCACGGGAUGCUGAGGAGCCUCCUGGUGUAUAUGCUCUUCCUGCUGGUGACGCUGCUGGCCAAUCACGGGGAUGCCUCAUGCCACAACCAUGCCUACCGCUUGCAGAGUGCCAUCAAACAGGAGCUGGGCAGCCAGGCCUUCCUGGCCAUCACCCGGUCUGAGGAGUUCUGGCCGUGGAUGUCGCACGUGCUGCUCCCCUACAUCCACGGGAACCGGUCCAGCCCAGAGCUGGGGCCCCCACGACUGCGUCAGGUGCGGCUGCAAGAAGCUCUCUGCCCAGACCCUCCCGGCUCAGGGCUGCCCACGUGCUCUGCAGCCUCUGGCACCUUCAGCACCGGCGACUAUGGCAUUGGCUGGGGGAGUGCUGCCCACAAUGGCUCGGAGACGUGGGCCUACUCUGCACCAGACCUGCUGGGUGUCUGGUCCUGGGGCUACUGCGCUGUGUACGACAGCGGGGGCUACGUGCAGGAGCUGGGGCUGAGCCUGGAAGAGAGCCGCGCGCAGCUGGGCUUCCUGCAGCUGCACAACUGGAUCGACAACAGGAGCCGCGCCGUGUUUGUGGAGCUCACGCGCUACAGCCCGGCCGUGGGGCUUCACGCCGCCGUCACGCUGCGCCUCGAGUUCCCUGCAGCCGGGCACGCAGUGACCGCCCUCAGUGUGCGCCCCUUCCCGCUGCAGCGCCUGAGCGCCGGCCUCUCCCUGCCACUGCUCACCUCGGUGAGCCUGCUGCUGUUCGCGCUGUACUUCUCGGUGGCCGAGGUGCGCGUGUGGCACAGGGAAGGGCGUACACGCGCGGUGCAGCCUGGGGCCUGGGCACGGUGGCUGCUGGUGGCACUGACCGCGGCCGCGGCGCUCGUGCGCCUGGCCCAGCUGGUUGCCGCCGACCGCCAGUGGACCCGCUUCGUGCGCCGCCGCCCACGCCGCUUCACCAGCUUCGAGCAGGUGGCGCAGCUGAGCGCCGCAGCUCGCGGCCUGGCCGCCUCGCUGCUCUUCCUGCUUCUGGUCAAGGCCGCACAGCAGCUGCGCUUCGUGCGCCAGUGGUCGGUUUUCGGCAAGACGCUAUGCCGGGCCCUGCCGGAGCUGGUGGGGGCCACCGUGGGCCUGGUGGCGCUCGCCGUGGCCUACACCCAGCUGGCCGUUCUGCUGGUGUCGUCCUGCGUGAAUUCGUUUCGGAGUGCGGCCCAGGCCCUCUUGGUGCUGUGCCCUGGGUCCGGGGCUCCUGCCCUGUGCCCUACUGAAUCCUGGCGCCUGUCCCCGCUGCUGUGCACGGGGCUCUGGGCCCUGCGGCUGUGGGGGGCCCUGAGGCUGGGAGCAGUCCUUCUGCGGUGGCGGUACCAUGCUCUGCGUGGGGAGCUCUACCGACCAGCCUGGGAGCCACAGGACUAUGAGAUGGUCGAGCUCUUCUUACGCAGGCUGCGCCUCUGGAUGGGCUUCAGCAAGGUUAAGGAGUUCCGCCACAAAGUCCGCUUCGAAGGGAUGGAGCCGCUGCCUUCCCGCUCCUCCAGGGGCUCCAAGUCUUCCCCAGAUGCACCGCCCCCCAGCGGGGGCUCUGACACCUCACGGCCCUCCACCUCCUCCAGCCAGCUGGACACGCUGAGUGGGGGCCUGGGCCGGCUGGGCCCACGGGGGGAGCCCGAGCCCUCGCGGCUCCAAGCUGUGUUCGAGGCCCUCCUUACCCAGUUCGACCGACUGAACCAGGCCACAGAGGACGUCUACCAGCUGGAGCAAAGGCUGCAGAGCCUGCAGGGCCACAGGAGCACUGGUCCCCCAGCCUCCCCUCCCCGCAGCCCCUCCUCAGACCUGCGGCCAGCCCUGCCCAGCCGUCUUGCCCGGGCCAGCCGAGGCAUGGGCCUGGCUACUGGCCCCAGCAGGGCUUCCCUGCGGGCUAAGAACAAGGUCCACCCCAGCAGCACUUAACCCCUGGGCCCUGGGUUCAUAGCCCUUCCCUGGGGUGGGUCUGUGGCUUCACUCCGGCUUCUUGAAGGAGCCGGAGCAGACACCACCGCUCAGUAUUAACUUCUGCCGCCCUCAAGGUCUCGGGCCAGGCAGGAGAGCUGCACGAAGGUCCCCCUGGGAGGAGGCAGCCGCUCUCUCUGGGGGGGCUCUCAGCACUUUAAAGAGGCCAUGUGGGCAGCCAGGACCCAGGGUCCCCUCCCCAGCUCCCCAUGGGAGGACACAGCAGUAUUGGGCCAAGUGCCCAGCCUCUGAGAUGCUAAUUUAUUACCGGAGUCCUCAGGUACAGCGGGCUGUGCCCGGCCCCACCUCCUGGGCAGACAUCUCCCCUUUGCUAAGGAUCCAGGCUUCGGGGAGGGAACCUGCCCCUCCCGUGGUCUUCCCCACUAAGUUAUUACCUCUCCUAUGCCCCUGCUGAGUGCACUCCCCUUCCGCUGCCAUAUGUGUGUCUAUCGUCAGUAAUUUAUAUGGGGUUAAAAUGUAUAUAUUUUUGUACGUCGCUCUAUUUUUCAUUAGGGCCAAGGGCCCCGCUAGCUGAAGCAGCCCAGUGCCCACGGUCACCCACGUUGAGGGGCAGCGGGGACGGCAGAGCAGGCCUCCCUCCCGCCUGACCGGAAGGCCAGGGCCGGCCUGGGACAGGUGCUGAGAGGGGAGGCUUGUUAGAAGGGCCCAGUCCCCUCCUAGGCAGUUCUGUUUCCCCCCCGCCCCAGGGGCCUUGUUCUGUGCCUGAAGCUGCGCAGCAAGAAGGCAGGGCCCAGACCUGCUGGUGCCAGGUCUGGGUGAGGAGCAGGACAAGGGCAAGAACAAGGUGGUCAGGUGGAAAGAGCCCUCCCCGGGGGCUGGCUCUUGGGGCUGGGGCAGGUGAACACAAGACCGUGUGUGAUGGCGUGGGUGGCCCAGACAGGCCCCGUACCACGGCUGGGGGGGGGGGGGGCCCCCACGGGGACCUUGCCCAAGCUAUAGCCUUGAUUCCAUCCCCA